AUGGAUGCCCUGGAACAAGAAGCACCUCUCUGCACAAGGUGCCGCACUAUUGACUUCGAUGCAAUAUUCCAACUCAGCAACGAUGUCCGAGAUGCAAGGUUCGAAGGUCUGCCAAUCAUAUCACUGGGUAGUAACAUUUCCGACCCAAACACGCCUUGUCCGAUGUGCGAUCUCUUCGACAAAGUCAAGUUCGACCUCGACGUAUCAGCUCGUCAAUCAACAUGGGAUACCAGUCAAUAUCAUUUACGUGCAUUCAGCAGCCUCAUAAAAGAAGUAGGUGUUACGACAGAAAUGCCAACAGAACCUAACCGGCGAGAUAUCAUCAAGCAAAUUCGCAGGGGGGAUGAGUAUAUGAGUGAUGAGUCAAACAGUUUGUUUCUCGCAGUGUUUCCGGGAAGCGGGGAUGAUGUCUUCAUCACCAGUGAAAUCAGGAUCCUUGAUAUCUGCAGCCAUCUGGAACAAAGCGUCAUUAUGCCGGUGGAGGGGUCUAAUGUUGCCAACAUACGGACUCACGGGGUCCGAGUGUUGCCGAAUCGGAUCGAUUACACUCGUCUGAAGGAGUGGAUGGAGAGCUGCCAGAGUCAUCAUGGGCCUCGAUGUACUUGCUCACCUACUCCUCCGCCUUUCGUAUUAAAGGUGAUCGAUUGCCAGACCCGGCAAAUUGUCCCACUUCAGCCAGGUUGGGCGUAUUUCGCGCUCAGCUACGUAUGGGGACAACUGUCACCAGAGGAUGCAGCUGUCCAAAUACCAAGCCAUAAGGCUUUGCUUUCGGACGAAGUACAUGGCACUAUCAAAGAUGCCAUCAGAGUCGUCAACAACCUCGGAGGUAGGUAUCUCUGGGUCGACAAAUACUGCAUCAACCAGGACAACGCACAAGAAAAGCACGAUCAAAUAUCUCGCAUGGAUCUGAUAUACUCCGGUUCCUAUGCUACUAUAAUCGCAGCUGGUUCUGAUAUUUCGAUUUCCGGGUUACCUGGCGUUGGUGCGGUUCCACGACGGCGCCAACCACAAGCAGCCUCACCGACAGCCUCUGGGACAUAUUUGAGACUGGUGUCUACGCUGCCUUCUAUACGACGUGCUUUAGCCUCCAGUCCAUGGAUAUCUCGUGGCUGGACCUUUCAGGAAGUAAUUCUCUCGCGUCGAUGUCUGUUCUUCACCGACUUUCAGGUUUACUAUAUGUGCGGAGAGACCACAAAUUGCGAGUCGACCGUGCUCUCCCCUGUUCCUUUGUCACUCAUGGCCACGGCCCAAACAGCCACAAAACCUGCCCGCGACGACAUCCUUGAUUCUUCUCGGUUCACCUAUCAAAUAUGCCAACAUCCAGCAUACUAUUCCAGUAGGCCAUAUCGACCAUGGGCCUUCCGUACACACCUAUCACACUACUCAAGUCGAAGCCUCUCCUACAACUCCGAUGCUAUCAACGCCUUUCGAGGCAUCCUCGCUCGCUCCGAUCAUCCAACCUUCUACGGUAUUCCGUUCUUGUUUGACGGAGAAACUCCCUAUAAUCUAGCGCGCGAUCCAAAUCUCCGUUUCGUCUGCGCACUGUCCUGGGAGCCUAUUUACCAACCUCCUUGCAAAGAUGAUUGCAGUGCAAAUGGCGAAGAUGGACACUUAACACGGAGAAAAGAAUUCCCCAGCUGGUCCUGGGCCGGCUGGAUAGGUCAGGUCUCAUAUCACUACUUUCUCUGGAACAGGAGAUUCGGCUGUGCAGAGGAUGAUCUUCUCCCACAGGAGCUGGAUGGGCAUCAGCCUGUUCGCAUAUGGAUUUGCUUCAACCUUCGUCAGAGUAUUGACCAUAUCUCCAUAGGGGAUAUCUCAAUAGAAGAAUUCUUCGUCAACCACAACAGCGCUCUUUGGGGGAAUAUCUUGCCUGAAUUCUCGCCCUUUCUGCAGAUUGAAUGUACCGUCCUCCAUUGCCUCCAGAUAAAGCUCUUUAGUAUUCCCUCUGGGACUACUUCUGUUCCCGCAGUCAGAAUCGUUAUAGGGGAUGGGUAUUCCCGUGCUCCGGUGCUGUUCUGCGGGCCACUUCCUUGUUCAAGUGAGGAUGGGGUGAUAGAGGAGGAAUAUACGGGGCUGGUGCUCUUCGAAAGAAAGCAUAGCAUUGCCCUAUGCACGCCGUGGGAUCAUAUCGGGAUUUUUGUUCUUCUUGUGAAGGAAGUUCAGGGUGGGAGAGAGGGGCACCAUGAGCGUGUGGGAUCUGCAUGGUUGGAUCGAGCGGAAUUAGGAAAACUGGGUGGUGAUGGUACUACGAAUAUGAGGAGAGAGACGAUUUCAUUAUCUUGA